AUGGUCGGAAGCAACAUUGAAUCACAGUACCUUAACUGUCCCUCCGACUUGUGGAUCAUAGAUUCUGUCUCAAAGUCUGAGUCUAGUUUUUCUCUUCAUAGUACCGCUCGCAAAGCUCCACGCAUCUCGUGCACAAAAUAUCUCGAACGCCAAGUGAUACUUGCUUGGAAACGUAUCACUCGUUCUGCCCACAAACGUGAUCGGGCCUCCUUCCUCCCGAAAGACUUUGUCCUCGUCACUUCACACCGUCGUAGCGUGCUCUUCAUAUGA